AUGAUUUUGAAAUCUUUUCUACUAGGUAAUCUAUUAUCCUUAUGCAUGAAGAUAAUAAAUUCGGUCGUUGUGGUCGGACUCUAUUAUGGAUUUCUGACCACAUUCUCCAUAGGGCCCUCUUAUCUCUUCCUUCUCCGAGCUCGGGUUAUGGAAGAAGGAACCGAGAAGGAGGUAUCAGCAACAACGGGUUUUAUUACGGGACAGCUCAUGAUGUUCAUAUCGAUCUAUUAUGCGCCUCUCCAUCUAGCAUUGGGUAGACCUCAUACAAUAACUGUCCUAGUUCUACCGUAUCUUUUGUUUCAUUUCUUCUGGAACAACCACAAAAACGUUUUUGAUUAUGGAUCUACUACCAGAAACUCAAUGCGUAAUCUCAGCAUUCAAUGUGUAUUCCUGAAUAAUCUCAUUUUUCAAUUAUUCAACCAUUUCAUUUUACCGAGUUCAACAUUAGCCAGAUUAGUCAACAUUUAUAUGUUUCGAUGCAACAACAAGAUGUUAUUUGUAACAAGUAGUUUUGUUGGUUGGUUAAUUGGUCACAUUUUAUUCAUGAAAUGGGUUGGAUUGGUAUUAUUCUGGAUACGGAAAAAUAAUUCUAUUAGAUCGAAUAAGUACCUUGUGUCAGAAUUGAGAAAUUCUAUGGCUCGAAUCUUUAGUAUUCUCUUAUUUAUCACCUGUGUCUACUAUUUAGGCAGAAUGCCGUCGCCUAUUGUUACUAAGAAACUAAAAGAAGAAACUGCCGAAACGGAAGAAAGGGGGGAAAGUGAGGGAGAAACAGAUGUAGAAAUCGAAACAAUUUCCGAAACGAAGGGGACUAAACAGGAAGAAGGAUCCAUCGAAGAAGACCCUUCCCCUUCCCUUUGUUCGGAAGAAAAUUCGAAGUUAGAAAUACUUAAACUUAAAGAAGAUAAAGACCUCCUCUGGUUUGAAAAACCUCUUGUUACUCUUCUUUUCGACUAUAAACGAUGGAAUCGUCCAGUGCGAUAUAUCAAAAAUGAUCAAUUUGAAGAUGCUGUCCGAGACGAAAUGUCACACUAUUUUUUUUUUACAUGUGAAAGUGAUGGAAAAGAAAGAAUCUCUUUUACAUAUCCACCUAGUUUGUCAAUCUUUUUGGAAAUGAUAAAAGGAAAGAUACUUUUGUCCACAACUGAAAAACCCUCUUCUGAAGAAUUGUAUAAUAAUUGGGUUUAUACCAACAAAAAAAAAAAAACGAACAUAAACAACGCAUUUUUCAAUAGAAUUGAUGCUCUAGAAAGGGGGUCUCUGAAACUGGAUGUACUUGAAAAAAGGAUUAGAUUCUGCAAUGAUGAGACUGAACAAGACUGCCUGCCUGAAAGGUAUGAUCCUUUUUUGAACGGAACCCGCCGUGGAAGCGAAAAAAAAAAAAAGUAUUUAAACUCAAGUUUGAAUAUGAAUGAGGCUUUCUCAGAAGAAGGUUGGAUUUGGAUAAAUAAAUUUCAUAAUAUACUUCCCACAAACUACCAAGAAUUUGAAGAAAAAAAGGAAAAAUUUGAGAGAAAAUACUUCCUUCCAGAAGAAGGAAAACUUAAUUCAGAAAAUAGAACGAAAUUUUUAUUUGAUGCGGUUACACCCGAUAGACAUCAUCAAAGAAUUAUAAAGGAAUCCAUUGGAAUAAAAGAAAUACGUAAAGAAGUUCCUCAAUGGUCAUACAAAUUGAUUACCAGUUUGGAUCAACAAGAUGGAACAAUUUUAGAAGAAACGGCUGAGGAUCAUGAAAUUAGGUCAAGAAAGGCCAACCAUGUAGUCAUUUUUACAGAUACCGAACGUACAAAUAGUACAACGAAUACUAAUGAUGAAGUAGAAGAAGUGUUUGUCCUACGUUAUGCGCAAGAAUCGGAUUUUCGUCGAGAUAUAAUCAAAGGUUCUAUGCGCGCUCAAAGACGUAAAACAGGUAUUUGGGAACCGUUUCAAACAAAUAUCCAUUCCCCCCUUUUUUUGGACAGAAUCUACAAAAAGUUUUUUUUUUCUGCUGAUACCUCCCGAAUUUGGAAUCUUCUUUUUAAGAAUUGGAUGAUAAAAAGUACGGAAUUAAAAAAUUCCAGUUUUGAGGAAGAGACAAAAGAAAAGGAUAAAAAAAGGAAGAAGAAAGGGGAGGAAAAUGACCGGCUAGCAGUAGCGGAAAGCUGGGAUACUGUUCUAUUUGGUCAAUCAAUAAGGGGUUGCUUGUUAAUAGCCCACUCGAUUUUUAGAAAAUAUAUUGGAUUGCCUUCAUUGAUAAUAGCUAAAAACGUCAGCCGUAUCUUAUUAUUUCAACCCCCGGAAUGGAAUGAGGAUUGGAGAGAGUGGGGUAGAGAAAUGCAUGUUAAAUGCACCUAUAAUGGUGUUCAAUUAUCCGAAAUGGAAUUUCCAAAAAAUUGGUUAACAGAGGGUAUUCAGAUAAAGAUCCUAUAUCCUUUCUAUCCGAAACCUUGGAACAGUUCUAAGAAACGAUCUCAUCAUAAAAAUCCAAGGGGAAUAAAGGAAAAUUCUUGCUUUUUGACAGUCUGGGGGAUGGAAACUGAAUUUCCUUUUGGUUCUCCUCGAAGACGACCUUCUUUUUUAAAACCCAUUUUUAAAGACCUAGAAAAAAGAAUAACAAAAAAAAAAACACAAAGUUUUCUAGGUCUAAGAGUUUUAAAAGAAAAAACAAAAGGGUUUCUAAAGGACUCAAAAGAAAAAGAAAGCUGGACUCAUAAAAAGGAUUUUUUUCAAAAAAAAAGAAUAAAAGAGCUUGGCAAAGUAAAUCCAAUUCUAUUAGUUGGAUUGAGAAAAGUAUAUGAAUCGAGUGAAAAUAAAAAAAUUUCUCUCAAAGAAAAUCAGAUAGUUCAUGAAUCGUCAAGUCGAAUUAGAUCAAUGUCUUGGACAAAUUAUUCACUAACAGAAAAAAAAACAGAAGAUCUGGCUGAUAGGACAAGUACAAUUAAGAAUCAAAUUGAAAAAAUAAUAAAUGACAAGAAAAAAACGUUUCUAAUUCCAGAUAGAAAUAUUAAUCCUAACGAUACAAGUUGUAACGAUAAAAGAUUAGAAGCGCCAAAAAGCUUUUUGCGGAUAUUCCAAAGAAGAAGUGCUAGAUUAAUACGUAAACGACACUCUUUUUUAAACUUUUUGAUUGAAAAGAUAUAUAUGGACACCCUUCUAUAUCUCAUUAAUAUUCCCAGGAUCAAUGCACAAUUUUCCCUAGACUUAAAAAAAGGAGAGAUUGAUAAAAAAAGUUACAAUGCUGAAAUAAAGAAAGAAGAAGUUGAAGAAAAAAAAAAAAAAAAAAUUCAUGUAAUUUCGACUAAAAAGAGGGAACUUUCAAAUAUUAGUAAUAAGAAUUUACAUCAUUUUUGUGCCCCAGUUGACUUGUCACAGGCAUAUGUAUUUUACAAAUUAUCACAAACCCAAGUGAUUAACAAAUAUCACAUGAGAUCUGUACUUCAAUAUAAUGGAACGUCUUUUUUUCUUAAAGAUAGAAUAAAGAAAUUUUUUGGAACACAAGGAAUACUUUAUUCUGAAUCAAGACAUAAAAAACUUAGCAAUUUUGAAACGAAUGGGUGGAAAAAUUGGUUAAACAGUCAUUAUAACUAUCAAUAUAAUUUAUCUAAGAUUACAUCGUCUCAAUUAGCUCUACAAAAACAACGAAAUGGAGUCAAUCAAAGUCAUACGAUUUCAAACAAGGCAUCAAGAAAAUUGGAUUCAUAUGAACAAAAAAAUGUAUUUCAUUAUAAGAAGCAAAAUGCUUAUGUAAUGGAUUCAUUAUCGAGUAAAACAAAAAUUUUUAAAAAACAGUAUGGAUAUGAUCUUUUAUCACAGAAAUAUAUCAAUUAUAGAGAAGGGAAGGAUUCAUAUAUUUCUCUAUCACCAUUACAAGUAAAGGGAAGCCGAAAAAUUCCCUAUAACUACAACACAAAUAAACCCCCAAUUUUUUAUAUGCCGGCAGGCAUAUAUAUGAGUCAUUAUCUAGGAGAAGAUUGUAUUGUUGAUACGGAUAAAAAUCCGGAUAGAAAAUAUUUUGAUUGGAGAAUCGUUUCUUUUUGUCUUAGAAAGAAGAUCGAUAUUGAGGCUUGGGCUAAUAUGGAUACUGAGACCCGCAUGGAUAAAAAUACUAAAACAGGAAUUAACUAUUAUUCAAUCAUUAAUCAAAUUGAUACGAAGGAUCUUUCGUAUCUUGCGAUUGAUAAACAAAUAAAACCGUCCAGUGGAAAAAACUUUUUUUUUGAUUGGAUGGGGAUGAAUGAAGAAAUACUAAACCGCCCCAUAUCAAAUCUGCACCUUUGGUUCUUCCCAGAAUUGUUGGGGCUAUAUGAUACAUAUAGGAUUAAACCGUGGAUUAUACCAACAAAAUCACUUCUUUUCCAUUUUAAUGGAAAGAAAACCACCAGUGAAAAUAAAAAGCUAAAAAAAAAAGAUCUUGAAUUAGAAAAUCAAAAUCAAGAAGAAAAAGAAGAAUCAGACCAAGAAGAAAAAGAAGAAUCAGACCAAGAAGAUAUUGGAUCAGAUCUAUCAAACCAAGAAAAAGAAGUUAACGAGGAUGACAGUGACUCAUACAUGAAAAAGAGUAGAAAUCAAAAUAAAUGGAAGAGUACCACAGAAGCGGAACUAGAUUUUUUCCUGAAAAGAUAUUUUAUUUUUCAACUGAGAUGGCAUAGUUCUUUGGAUCAAAGAAUAAUUAAUAGUAUCCAGAUAUAUUGUCUCCUGCUUAGACUGAACAAUCCAAAGCAAAUUGCGAUAUCCUCUAUUCAAAGAGGAGAAAUGCGUCUGGAUAUAUUGCUGAUUCAAAAAGAUCUAAAUCUUACAGAAUUGAUAAACAAAGGAGUAUUGAUUAUUGAACCUGUUCGCCUGUCUAUACAAGGAGAUGGACUUUUUAUUAUGUAUCAAACCAUAGUUAUUUCACUGGUCCAUAAGAGUAAUCACCAAACUAAUAGAAAAAACCAACAAAAAGAAAACGGUUAUAAUAAUUCUUUUGAUGAAUCCAUUAAAAGACAUAGACAUGAAAGGGUGCUUGAAAAGAGAGAUGAAAAAAAUUAUGCUUUUGUUGUUCCUGAAAAUAUUUUAGCUCCUAGAUGUCGUAGAGAAUUGAGAAUUCAAAUUUGUUUAAACUCGGAAAAAAGAAAUGUUUUGGAUAGAAAGAAAACAUUUUACAAUAAGAACAACAUAAAGAACUGCGGUACUUUUUUGGAGGAGAGCAAGCAUCUUGAUAAAGAUCCAAAGAAUUUAGAUAGAGAUAGAAAUAAAUUAAUGAAAUGGAAAUUUUUUCUUUGGCCAAAUUAUCGAUUAGAGGAUUUAGCUUGUAUGAAUCGCUAUUGGUUUGAUACCAGUAAUGGAAGUCGUUUCAGUAUGUCAAGGAUAUAUAUGUAUCCACGAUUUACCAUCAAUUAA